AUGACUAUAUUAGGAUUGGUGGCCAGUUUGUUGCUAAGCUGUGCAGGAUGCUUCUUCACAUAUCACGCAAUUCUGGAGUAUAUUCCGAUAUUUGUUCAGCGCAAAAUGUGUGGCAAAGACCAAUGUAAAGCGAUCAGCAAACCGAUCCCGGAACCGAUUGGAGUAAUAUCCGCUGCAGUGUAUCUGGUCGUCAUGUCGCCGUUUCAACUGAAUGAAAUGCUGUCGUUUAUGUCGGCACUGAUCGCGAUCUGUUCGACGAUAUUACUGGGAUUUGCUGACGAUGUUCUUGAUUUACGUUGGCGUCAUAAACUUUUAUUUCCAACUCUAUCCUCUCUUCCAUUACUUCUUGUUUAUUAUGCUACAGGAUCAUCGACUGCGGUUGCGUUACCAAAACAAGUGAGAUUAUUUUACGUGUUUGAAACGCUUGAUAUUGGACCGUUAUAUUACAUUUACAUGGGCAUGAUGGUAGUAUUUUGCACGAAUGCGAUCAAUAUACUCGCUGGGAUAAACGGACUUGAAGCGGGUCAAGCUUUUGUUAUUGCGAUAUCUGUUGCGAUAUUCAACAUCAUUCAGUUGAUACGUUUGGAACCACCAGAUUGGUAUCACUACCUGUCGCUCUAUAUAUUGCUACCUUUCAUUGCGACGACUGGUGUUUUGUUGUAUUUUAAUUGGUAUCCAGCGGAAGUAUUUGUUGGUGAUACGUUCUGCUAUUGGGCUGGAAUGACCCUGGCGUCGAGUUGUAUCCUUGGCCACUUCAGCAAAACAAUGGCUCUCUUCCUAUUACCACAGGUAUUCAACUUCCUAUACUCGACACCUCAGUUGUUUCAUUUAGUGCCGUGUCCACGUCAUCGGUUACCGAAAUUUAACGCGGAUACGAACAUGGUCGGAAUGAGUUUCGCAGAAUUCAACGAUAAAGACUUGAAACCACUGGGUGCUGUUAUAUUGCGUGUCUUCGAAACGUGUGGCUUAUUAUAUCGUGAAACAUACGAGAAAGAUGGAGAACGGUGGACACGAAUAAACAACUUAACGUUGAUCAAUCUGUGGCUGAAGUUGUUCGGCGCAAUGCAUGAGAGGCAGCUGACCAUUCGGUUGCUUGCCCUGCAGAUGCUGUGCUCUUCAUUCGCAUUCUUCAUUCGUUUCUUCAUGGCAAAUCUCGUUUAUGACAUUGUCCGUUAG